AUGACGAAGGAAACCGCCCACGACGCCAAGGGCGUUGUCGAGAUGCAGAACUCGCACACCGCCGAGCUCGAGCGCAAGCGCCUGGCCCUCGCUGGUCCCGCCGGUGUUGCGGGUCUGUUCCGUAACCCGCGUCUUCUCGCGAUCUCGGUCGUGACCAUGCUCGGAGGUCUCAACUACGGUUACGAGCAGGGAGCGUACGGCCAGUGUCUCGUCAUGGCUGCGUUCAACACCAUGCCCGCGUUCCAGCGUAUCAUCCACGACAGCAACUUCCAGGGUAUCUCUGUUGCUAUUCUCGGUCUUGGAGGAUGGUUCGGCUCGCUCAUCAACGGUUACUGCAUCGACCGCUUCUCGCGUCGCUGGUGCAUGCUCGCCGGUGCUUUCAUCUGCAUGGUCGGUGGUAUCAUCACCGCCGCCGCCUACAACUCGGGCAUGAUCUUCGCUGGACGCUUCCUCAUUGGUGUCGCUGUCGGCUCUCUCUCGACCGCCGUCCCCACCUACAACUCGGAAAUUUCCCCGGCCGAGGUCCGUGGUGCCAUGGGCGGCACCUGGCAGCUCAGUGUGACUUUCGGUAUUAUGAUCUCGUUCUGGAUCGCCUACGGAUGCCACUUCAUCUCGGACACCAACACUGUCUCGUGGCGCCUUCCUCUUGCUAUCCAGUGUGUUCCUGCCAUCCUCCUCGGCAUCGGCACCCUCUUCAUCCCCUACUCGCCCCGUUGGCUCCUUAAGCACGGCCGCGAUGAGGAGGCUCUCCGCUCGCUCGCUUGGCUCCGUCGCGCCUCGCCCGACGACGAGCUCGUCCGCCUCGAGUUCCUCGAGAUCAAGGCCGAGGCCAUCUUCGAGCAGGAGUCCGUUGCCGAGAAGUGGCCCCAGUACGCCAACAAGCCCUUCCUCUUGCAGUUCGCGCAGAUCAAGACGCUCUUCUCCACCUGGCCCAUGUUCAAGCGCACUGCCAUCGGUACCCUCAUGAUGUUCUUCCAGCAGAUGUCCGGUAUCGACGCCAUCGUCUUCUACGCCCCCAUUAUCUUCAAGACCCUCGGCCUCAAGGGCAACUCCGUCUCGCUCCUUGCCUCUGGUGUCGUCGGUAUCGCCAUGUUCGUCGCCACUGUUCCUGCCAUCAUCCUCAUGGACAAGAUCGGUCGUCGUCCCCUCCUCAUCGUCGGUGGUCUCGGCAUGGCUGCCUGUCUCGCCGUUGUCGCCGGUAUCACCGGUGGCUUCAAGGGCCACCUCGCCGAGCACGAGGCCGGUGCGUGGACUUCUGCCGCGUUCGUCUGGAUCUACAUUGCCUGCUUCGGUUUCUCCUGGGGUCCCGUCUCUUGGACUGUCAUCUCUGAGAUCUUCCCCCUCUCCGUCCGUGCCCCCGGUACCGCGCUCUCGGCCUCUGCCAACUGGAUGGUCAACUUCUGUGUGUCCUGGUUCCUGCCCCCGAUGCUCGACGCGAUCGACUACGGCACGUACAUCUUCUUCCUGGCCCUCUGUCUCAUGGGCGUCGGUUACGCCAUGUUCCUCCUCCCCGAGACGCGCAAUGUCUCGCUCGAGGCCAUGGACCUCCUCUUCGGCGCCUCGGACGCCUCUCGCGACGAGGCCCGCAUGGCCUCGAUCAUGAACCGCCUCGCCGCCGAGUACAACGGUUCCGCCGACCACCACUCGAACUCGUCCUACAUGUCCGACAAGCCCCAGGGCGAGAAGCUCGAGUCCGCCGUCUAA